AACAGUGCAGGGGAGUGGAGAGACGCUGGGAGAGGACUCAAACACUCACACACAUACACUCACACGCAUACACUCACACACUCUCAUCAUACCCGCACACACACGCAACACACACUUGGAGGCAGAAGACGCACCAGAAGACGCACAAAGGUCACUGAUAAUCUGCGCUUCUUCUUUUUUUUUUCUCUCAACAGCAGGAGAAAGAAAAAAGUUUCCAGACAGAGAGGAAGAGGAGAGGAGAGGAGUGUCGCUCGAGUUUGAGCACGCAAAGACAAACAGGCGCUCCUGGAAAUAAUUCAAUUUUCUUGCCUUGAUUUGACAUUUUUCUUGAAAUUACGCGUCUUGUUGUCCUGCUGCGGGAUCUCUUCUUUUGCGGGCUUUUCUUUUUCUUUAUUUAUUUUUUUGCACAAAUUGACACCCCAGGCUUUGUGUUGAUAAACAGUCAAGUAGAAGGAGAAAAAGAAGAAGAAAAGCUGGACCAGGGCGGACCAAAGGGGGCCAAAAACUCACCAGGUAUGGCAGCGGUGUUGCCGAGAACCCUGGGUGAGCUGCAGCUCUACCGGAUCCUGCAGCGGGCGAACUUGCUCUACUAUUAUGAGGCCUUCAUCCAGCAGGGAGGCGACGACGUGCAGCAGCUGUGCGAGGCCGGGGAGGAGGAGUUCCUGGAGAUCAUGGCCCUCGUCGGCAUGGCCAGCAAGCCGCUGCACGUGCGCCGCCUGCAGAAGGCACUGCGGGACUGGGUCACCAACCCGGCCAUCUUCAACCAGCCGCUCACAUCGCUGCCCGUCUGCAGCAUCCCUGUCUAUAAGCUGCCCGAGGGCUCGCCUACACUGCUCAGUGGACAGGACAGAGCCAACACGGCCAGUGUCAAGAUGCCCAAAGCAGUCGCCGCUGCCUGCUCUGAUCCAGGGAAGUUGGAUGUGGCACGGGACAAAGUGUCAGCCGGGUCACCUCUGCAGGGCAGCAGCGAGGCUCGAUUCUGGUCGGGCCACAGCAACGACAGCGAGCACAGCCUGUCGCCAUCAGACCUCGGCUCCCCGUCCUCGCCAAGAGACGCUUUAGAGGCUCUGGAUGCCGCGGCUGUCCAGUCAGUCCUGGAGUGUGUGGACAGGAUGGCACCAGGACUUCCUAAGACAGACCUAGCCGAGGUCAAAGAGCAGCUAAAGAACAACAAGAAACUGGCAAAGAUGAUCGGACACAUCUUUGAAAUGAGCGACGACGACCCACGGAGAGAAGAGGAGAUUCGUAAAUACAGCGCCAUCUAUGGACGCUUUGACUCCAAGAGGAGGGACGGCAAACACCUGACGCUGCACGAGCUGACGGUGAACGAGGCGGCGGCUCAGCUCUGUAUGAGGGACAUGGCACUGCUGACACGUCGAGACGAGCUGUUCGGACUCGCCCGCCAGAUUUCCAGAGAGGUCACCUACAAAUACACGUACCGCACCAGCAAGUCUCGCUGUGGAGACAGAGACGAGCCAUCCCCUAAAAGGAUUAAAACAGAGGAGAACUUCUUUGACAUCCAGGAGGCGCUGCAGGCGAUCCACAUGAGGCAGGAGAUGCUGAGGGAGCAGCUGGCCUGCGCCAAGUCGAAAGGAGAAGAAACAGUCGGACGAAAUCUGCAGAUGCAGCUGGAGCGUCUGCUUGCCCGGCAGAUGGAGAUCCUGCAGGACGCCGCUGUCCAGGAGCGACUCCAGGCUCUGGACUGGAGGAUCCCCCCCGCCGCCUUAAAGUACCUCAAUGAUGCCCAGAACACCAACGGAGCUGCCGCCGACGCCAGCAGAGAUAACCAAGAUGAGCGACCAAUCAACUUGCGGGUAGUCAGUCAGAACAUGCAGGAAGGAGACCUCCCAUUGGGGAAGCAGCUAGCCAAUGAACUGAAGCGCCAUCACAACCACAACAACAACAACAACAACAACAACAACAACCACACAGACGAGACCAAAACACCAGCAACAGAAAAUGGGACGUCGCAGCGAGCGUCCAGCAACACAGAGAAGAAGACCAUCAAGUCAGAGCCGGAAGACUCCACAUAGUGCCUCCCGCCUCGCCAUACGACCCCACGCUCCCUCCACCCUUUGUACCCACCCUCAGUUCAUUCUACUCACACUUGACAGUAUGCAGUUAUUACCCAUCAAUAGAUACUAAGCAAGCACAGCCACAGUAGAGCCUUAACAACCAAUGUUGCCUCAUGAAUAGCAUUUAUUUUUCUUUGAUUUUGUCUUUUUGUUUUUUUGUUUAUUUUUGUUAAAAAAGGUAUUUGCCAAAGCACCUAGAGAGCAUGUCGAGAAGCCCUUCCGUGCUCUACAGGUCUUUGUCUGUUGAUUAAUUGUACACGUUAGAUGUACAUGUAAUUUAAGAGUGAUCUGUUGCAGACAUUUGUAUACUCUUUACCUCUGCCUGGGUGGUAUUUUUGUUGCUUUCUUUGGACAGCCAGGUUGCAGGCUGUGAUGCCGGGGCUGAGUCUUAACUCAAAUGUUGAUUCAGUGAUGAGACUAAAGCAGAAAUGUUGGCUGUGGUGGGUUCAGCAUCUUGGAAACACUUUACAUGACUAUCACAUACCCAAUGUUCUCCGUACCUUAAAACUGAAGCUGCAGAUGCUGCUAAUAUUCAAAAUAUAUAUAUAUAGGGGAGGAGAAAGCCCCCACUUUGGUCCAAACUGAAAUAUAUAAAUAUUAGAUGCUUUUGAUGAUCCUCUGAUUUGAUUUAGCACUACCUGCAGGUCAGAGUGAAAUAUUUUGACAUCUACAUCAUGAAGUCAAAAGUUAAGUGUCUUAUACUUUAUAGUACCUAUAAAACCAAUUACAUCAGCCACAAUAUGUGUGGUUAAUUAACAGUUGUUAGCUAAGCUCAAAAAACCAUGGCAUACACUACUUGUUAAACAUUUAACAUGAAUUUAGCAUGGCUGUAGACUUCGAGCCUUAUUAUUUUUAGGACUGAAACAUCUCUUAGGCAAGGUCACCAAAUCACUCUUACCCUAAUACUAAUAGGUCAUGUUAAAGGCAUCCGUAAUUAUUUUUUAAGGUGGCCAUAUGACCAUUAUCUUCAACUCUACAUACAAAUAUAAGAUAUAUUGGUAGACAUGCAAAGUGUAUGAGACUCAUGGCUAGGAACAUAAUUGCCUGUAGGCUGCGAUGGCUGAUAUCCAAAAAUCAAUUUUCAUAUGUAUACAAGGCAACUGGAACUCACGGCUACAACAAGAUCGUAAAACUUACCAGCAAAAGCCAAAGAUUUAGCAGCAUUUGGCUGGUGGCUUAUUGUCAUUUCCCCUGGCCGUCAUCCCAGGUCUUCUGAGCCUCCGCCAUUCUCCCAAAUCUGACAUAAAGGUGUCUGCAUUUGUACUGUAGCUCAAAACAAAGGUGAAAAAGUACUGUAGGGAGAUGAAGUUAGGAUUCAGCCCCUGUUGCAGGUUUUUUUUGUUGUUGUUGUUUACUUCAAAAUGGGAAAACAUGAGAAGUGGGAUUAAUCCUUCCUUCCUUCCUCACUCUUGUCUUGUGUAUAUUUAUGGGAGGUAAUAUAAGAAGAGGAUGUAUAGGAGCUGUUGUGGAAUAACAGCAGGGGACCUCUGUCAUUUGUCUUGGCAGGAUGGCUCGGCUGGCAUGCCGGAGGCCGAGCUAAUUGGUUCAUUUCACUUUGUAAUUUAGCAAAACACUGCUGUUGAACCGAAACCACGCAUCUGCAAAAACAGGGAGUAUUUCAGGAAUAAAGCCUGUGUAUUUUUUAUAAAUGACCCAACGAGCUUACAGCAGGCCCCACAGGUCGUAAAAAAUCCACCCAACGUGAACUUUAAACUGAAGACGGGCUCACAUAUUUAAGAUUGCAGGUAUGUGGUUAUUUCGAGAACAGCAGCAAAAAGCAAAAUACCUGUUUAUUGCUGUUCAUCGUGGAGCAGCAGCCUGGUGUCUGUAAAUAGUACCGAGAUAACAAAUAGUGCUAGCCUAAUCUCUCAACCAGGGUUUUCCUUUGUCAAGUGUAACUUUGCUGUAGAUUUUUGGUGUCAAUACAGUGUUUAUGUAUGUAGAGCAAAAACAAAAAAUGAAAACUUAAGUGUCAUUGAGGAUAAAAUACAACAGUGUGAAAGUGUCUGGUAUAUAAAAAAACAUGCUUUACAUGAUGAUAAUGUUGAUUAGCCUUAGCUCUUAACAGUGUUUAAUCCACCUGUGAUGACCAUCAGUGCAUAUUUCAAAGUUUUUGCUGUUUAGAGGUAAAAUACAUAACAAAUAAGUGUUCACUGUGUUUUUAUGUGUUCGCCACACUGUGUAAAUACGUCUGUUUGGUCCAAAACGAUAAUAACGUCCAGACAAUUUGGUCUUACUCUCCUUUUCCCCACCGACUCUCUACAGAUAGUUUAGUCUCACUCAGCGUAUUGACAGACCAAUGCAAUAUUUAUGUAAGUAAUAAGUCUAUUUGCAUACUAUGUGGAUCCAUUUUGUUAUGUGCUCAGUAACUGUACGUCUGUCAUGAACUUCAGGGUGGGAAUUCACCUAAAACUUUGGGAAAUGUUUGUGUUGUCUCACUUUUAGUGCGCACUGCACUGUAUUUGUAUUUAAAGACAUUGUGUUCUUCUUCACGAAAUUCCCAUGAGGUUGUUUUGUUUCAAGCAAGAAACUAGCGAGGAUUUGAAGUCAUGAUCUGUUGUUAAAAAAAAAAUCUAGUUUGCUAAAGCUAAACUAGCUAGUGAAUUCUGGGAGAUGAAGCCAUCGUGGUUCGGGAGACAAAAACCCGGUUUGUUUCCAACCCGAUCGGCUCAAACACUGGUCAAGUUAGCGUGACUGUUGUACGAUGUUUCAGAGAAUAGCGCAUGUCUGACCUGCCGUCUCACUGAUCACUGUUCUCCUCACUGUUUAUUGUAAAGUGAUAGAUUAGGCUUCACCUAGUUAUGCACCUGUUUUUUAAACACUAAUAUAUUUUAUUUGUUAUACAGCACAUAAACAUUAAACUUUAUUUUUUUGAACUCUA